GCAGUGGUUGGACCGUCGACGGCGUGUAGUGUACAUACCAGCAGAUAUCGUAGUGAUAACUGCUCACGCAACACAAACAACAGUCAACAUGGCAUCCCGUAACAGUGAGAAACGAUUUGGCUAUGAACAGACUGUGAUGUAUGGCCACUAUUCAAAGGACCUCGGAGAAUACGCCAAGAAAGAAGCCGAGCGCAUACGAGUGGAAAAGGAUGAGAAGGUAGAGGAUCCCGUGGGCUUUCACCAGUACGAGACGCAGUGGAUUGUGCGGCUAAAAUCGAACUGGCAGUGGCUCGUACAGAAGCUGUUUGGUAAGAUCGGCGAGGAUUGGGUGUUUCUGGCUGUCCUCGGCAUCCUGAUGGCCUGCAUCAGCUACAUCAUGGACACAUGCAUACACUACUGCCAGGAAGCUCGCAUCUGGCUCUACAGGGAGCUGGAGGGACAUGUUGCCCUGCAGUUCUUCACCUGGAUCACGUUUCCGACUGUGUUCAUUCUCUUCUCAAACGGAUUCACUCACCUAGUCAGCGCACAAGCCAUAGGUUCUGGAAUCCCGGAGAUGAAGACGAUCCUACGCGGUGUCGUGCUCAAGGAAUUCCUGACAUUCAGGACUUUUGUGUCAAAGGUCGUCGGCCUAACGUCAACCUUGGGAAGUGGCCUCCCGGUUGGGAAAGAGGGACCAUUUGUACAUAUCGCGAGCAUUACAGCCACACUGCUCAGCAAGGCGAUCACAGGUUUCAAGGGCAUUUAUGAGAAUGAGUCUCGGAAGAGCGAGAUGCUGGCAGCUGCAUGUGCCGUGGGAGUCGCCUGUAGCUUCGCUGCUCCCAUUGGAGGAGUGUUGUUCAGCAUUGAGGUCACCAGCACGUUCUUUGCUGUGAAGAACUACUGGCGGGGGUUCUUCGCUGCCGUGUGUGGAGCCAUGGUCUUUCGCUUGCUCUCUGUUGUGUUCGAUGAGGAAGAAACCAUCACAGCUCUGUACAAAACAAACUUACCAAUAGAUUUCCCUUUCGAUCCACUGGAGCUCAUAGCUUUCUGUUUCAUCGGGCUGAUGUGUGGCUUCAUCGGAGCUCUGUUCGUCUACGUUCACCGAACCAUCGUCAACUUUAACAGGAGGCAGAAGGCACUGACCCGCUUCCUACAGAAGAACCGCUUCAUCUACCCUGCCGCGAUCACGAUCUUCAUAUCGUCGGUGACGUUUCCGCUGGGGCUGGGCCGCUACAUCGCGGGAGGCAUCACGAUGCAGCAGGCCGUUAACGAGCUGUUCAGCAACAUCACGUGGUGCUGCGGAGAGGUCGACGUCAAGGACGAGGCGCUGCUCAACCACUGGCGCGUGCACAACGUCUUCGUCUCGCUCUCGCUCUACAUCUUCGUCAUGUUCUUCCUGUCGGCGUUGGCGCAGACGAUUCCGGUUGCGUCCGGCGUCUUCAUUCCCGUAUUUGUGUUAGGUGCAGCGUUUGGCCGCUUGGUGGGUGAAACUAUGGCCGUCAUCUUCCCAGCCGGUAUUCGCAUGGGCGCUACAGAUUACCUGAUCGUACCUGGUGGCUACGCUGUCGUAGGUGCGGCAGCAUUGUCAGGAAGCGUCACACACACGAUCUCAACUUCUGUGAUAGUGUUUGAGCUGACCGGCCAGAUAGCCCACAUCCUUCCCGUCAUGCUUGCUGUGCUGAUAUCGAACGCUGUCGCAAACAUGCUUCAGCCGUCGAUCUACGACAGCAUCAUCCGUAUCAAGAAGCUGCCUUAUCUGCCCGAUAUCAUCUCGUCGAAAAAGAGGGGUUCUGAAGUUGGCGCUUGCUUGCUGUCACAACGGCUUUGGGAGGAAGAACAGCUAAACAUGGUGAUUGAUUUCUCUGAAUGUCGCAUCGACCCCGCACCUUUCCAGCUCGUGGAGCGUACAACCUUGUACAAGGUGCACUCCAUCUUCUCCCUGUUAGGCUUGCAAGUCGCUUACGUGACAGCGAUAGGCAGGCUGGUCGGAGUCGUCUCACUGAAGGAGGUGGGUGACUCGAUGAUCCUGCUCGGGUCGGUGCGGCGUGUGGAGCUCGAGUAUGCCUUCAACAAGCACGUCGGUCGUGAGAGGAAGCUGCAGCCGGUCGAGAAGAAGAUGCUCGCUGGAAUCACAGAGAUUCCUUCCUCCUCCCACAUCUCCCGCUUCACGGUUUCACCAGCCAUACUAGACACACGCGCUACAAGCACUGACAACCGCAAGCGGCGCUUCAAGCCGAUCAAGUCAAUCCUGAAGCGCGCCAAGUCGCCGAACACGACGAUCGAACUCAACGAGCUGACGGCGGUGACCUCUAGCAUGCGCUCGGACAACGACGACUCGCCAUACGACACGUUGCGGACGGACCCCGGCCAGGGCACGCUGACCAGCUACCCGGGUAGUCCGCAGAGCACGAUCACCUCUAACUUCUCCGGCCGACACGUGCAGCUGCCAGAAGAAGUAAUACGCAUUGUAGACCUUCCAAUAGAACAGCAACGCUUUGUGGAGGAAGAAACAGGCUUAGAACAAUUGGUGCACUCCAUCUUCUCCCUGUUAGGCUUGCAAGUCGCUUACGUGACAGCGAUAGGCAGGCUGGUCGGAGUCGUCUCACUGAAGGAGCUGCGGUUUGCGAUCGAGGGCACGAGCGAUCCGUCCACGAUGCAGCGAUCUGCCUCCUCGUCGCCGCAGAAGGAGAUCGAGAUCCCGUACGACGGCCACGACGACGACGACGAUGACGACAACGACUACAACGACGACAACGACGACCCUGAACGCGGCGGCGGUGACCUCGGCGACGGCGGCGCGACCGGCGGAGGAGGUAGCGACGCCGAGCGAGAGCCCCGCCUUUCGCCGGACUACGAGGAGCGAGCAGUGAGGCCGCGCUCGGCGACUGCGCCAGCGCCCCCUAGCGGCGACAUCGAGGAGGAGGCGGACGACGCGAGCGAGACGGUCAUCGGGCCGUCGGGACGCCGCUUCCGCGUGAAGUCGCUCACGGCGGACGACCCGCGCUCGCCCGAGAGCUUCUCGUAAUCCGGUGCGCUGCCAGGGGGCGCUACAAUCUUGCUCGAGAUGUUGGGGGUUUUGAAGAGGUCGGCGGCGAAAGUCUAGAGGUCAUUGAGAGGUUGGCCAGGUCGUCGAUGGUCAAGGUCAUCGAGAGGUCAUCGCGUCGAAACGCAUGUUUAUAUAAGUUUGUUGCGGCAGCAGCGGACGCCGGGCAUGCAGCUAGCAUCCUAGCCGCAUCUCGAUUCCUCGCGUGUUUCUGUCGUCGAGGAUUCGUCUGAGAGUCAUCGCCGAGCACGCCACCACAUUCGUUCUGCCUUAACGAGCAUUCGUGGUUUCGUUAGCGGCGUUCGUGUGAGGGCGUCGAAGCAACCCACCUCCCCCCCCCCCCAGUCGCAUGUCGACACGGACGUGAUGUGAUUCGUUGCCUUUCACGGAGGUCAAACACACUGCCUCUGUGUUCUUCUGUGAUUGGUCACCGCCUGUGAUUUCGCCAUGUGUUGCGCGUCUUUUCUGCGAUGUCACAUCCAGUGUUGUGAUGUCAGUUUCUCUGUGAUGUCAUCGGGUGUUGCGCAACUUUUCUGUGAUGUUGUUUGAAGUAGCACACCUCACUCAUUGUCAAGUAAUAACACAAUUGCGUCUAGCUGUAUUUCUCCCUAUAUAUAUAUAUAUAUAUAUAUAUAUAUCCACAUUAUAUAAAGUAGAACUGUGGGUGAAUGUGGUGGGGUUGUUGCUUAAUUGUAAAGGUAGCCAGUAUUCGAGGGUUACACCGCUGUGCAUAAUUUGACUCUGUUUCAUGUAUUUAGUUUUUAUUUCUGUAGACUAAUAUUAUGCAAUGUAAGUCUCCAUCUCAGUAAUCCAUUUAGGAAUAAAUCACGUAGGAAGGAAGUCAUCCUUGUAGGAAUAAAUCACGUAGGAAGGAAGUCAUCUUGUAGGAAUAAAUCACGUAGGAAGGAAGUCAUUCUGUAAGAAUAUAUCACGUAGGAAAGAAGUAAUCCUGUAGGAAUAACCCAACAUAGGAAGGAAGUAAUUGCAUAGGAGUAUAUAAUCCAUGUAUGAAGUAUCGAUGUGUGCAUCUCGGACAAUCACUUUGUUUAUUUGAUUAAUACCAUGUGAUCUGCCUUAUCCCAAUCAUGUGUGUCAUUACCCGUUUAUCAAAGUAUGAAGUCAUGCUCAUAGAGUGCUGUUCUUAUGUCUCGUAAGCGCCGUCUAGCGUGUACCUGUAAUUUUGUCGAGUCUAUCGGCUCCUACUUGACAGCUCGUUUUUUUGUAAACUUUGUUUUCGACAAGUGGCGUUCUAAUGAGAGCUGAAAAGGUACCUCCGUAUCCGUUGUUUGCGGUGAACAGGUCGGUAGUAUCAUUACACACCAUAUAUAUAUAUAUAUUUAUAUAUAUAUAUAUUUAUUUAUAUAUAUAUUCAUCAAGAUUGUACAUUUGCUCUUGCCCUAUUCUAGUGGUCUGUGUGAAAUCAUCGUUGCUAAUGUGAGAGCUGGUGGGUUUUCGGCGGAUUUUGUCAUUAUUUCGUGAUAUUGCGACAACAACGAACGUAAGCUGCAUCACCUUGCAUGUCGUCCAGCUACAGGCUAAUGUUGCCCGUCGAAAUCUCUUUCUUUAUGAGUGGCGUUUGUGGUAUGUGCGUGCGUGCGUGCGUCUACCCGUACAUGGUUGCGGGAGCGUGUGUGUGUGCGAGCAUGGGCGUGCGUGUGCGCGCGCUUGUGCAUGCGUGCAUGCGUGCGUGUACGUGUGAUCUUCGUUGUUAUACUCUAGCCGUGGUUUCUGCCGUGUUAGUUUUUCCACUGUUCGGUAAGUUUUUACAGCAGAAAUGCGAAUGGUCCAGCGUUCGCAGCUGCGUCAGGGUUGGGAUACUACCGUCUCGCUUGGCGUAGCUAGUUCUCCAGGCAACUCGGUCCGCACGAGACCUGAUAGUUUAUAGGCUGAUGAAACUAACAUCCCGUGAAAUUCAUGUGUUCGUGGCUUCCAUUUCGACACGUUUCGUCUUCCACGUCCGUGUAUUUGCGGCGGUCCUGUAGCUUGUAUACCAUAGGUUAUACGAGAAGAGUGUAAUGCGAUGGAGUAUUGUUAUGCCAUGCAUAGUAAUGCUAUAGAAUGAAGUAAAUGUACAAUGACUUAACAGCUAGCGAUGCAUAUAUAUAUAUAUAUAUAAAUAUAUAAAUAUGUUGGUGUUUGUUGUUCUAACGUUGUAUGUAAACGACUGCCACAGUGACCUUAUACAAGGGCCUCUCAAGAGAAACGCUAAAAGUUUCCUUUAUUGGCGAGUGUCGGUUAACACAGAUUGACUGCCUCGCCUACGUGCCGGUACGUAUACGUAUGGUGGCGAUUCAUUAAGCAGUUUUACACGCGGCGUAGUGCAGUGCAGAACAGUUCCGUGUGAUUAUAUAAUUACAUUUGCUCGUCAUCAUCGAAUUUCAUACGUUGAACAAGCUUGUUCGAAGAGUCAUCGAUGUGUUUUGUAUAUAAGAGUUAUGAGAGAGAACACGAGAGCGCGAUGUGAAAUUUUGCUACUUUUUUACGGUAAUGAUGUGUAAUCAUUUAAACGAGAAUUAAUUACUAGAAACUUGCAGGGAGUAGUGGAACCGAGAGCCAAACGUCACCUACCGUGCACGUGCAGUUGUACAGGAUUUGAUAUUUAAUUAUAAUAUUGUCGAUAGAUAUGCAUAGCGCGAUAAAGGAUGAAGAUUUGCAGGAUGAAUGGGUUUUUUAGAACAGAUAUCUUUGAAUUGAUUGCGAAAGCUUUAUAAAAUUGUUAUCAAUAUAAUGUUAUACUUUUUUCAAGUAAUCUGUAUUUUGUUUACUUGUAUUGUUUUAUCGCGCGUGUGAUGUCCAGCCCUAGUGUUUACGUUUUGUAUCGAUGCUGACUCUAUGUGUGCAAUGUGACGCAUGCGCGAGCGGACAUCCGAAAAUAAGAAAUAAAGGAGCAGCGGGAAUGGAUUGGACA